AUGGAGACCAACCAUGAAUCCUCGCUCUUCCUGGUGAAGAUUCUGGAAGAGCUGGAUACCAAGCAAAACACCGUUUCUUAUCAGGAUCUCUGCAAGUCACUGUGUGCAAGGUUUGAUUUGUCCCAGCUGGCCAAGCUCAGAAGUGUGCUCUUUUACACGGCUUGCCUGGAUCCUAAUUUCCCAGCGACUUUGUUCAAAGACAAAAUGAGAUGCACUGUAAACAAUCAGCAAUCAAAGAAAAUCAUGGUUGCAGCAGAUAUAGUAACGAUAUUCAACCUCAUACAAAUGAAUGGGGGAGUGGCCAAGGAAAAACUCCCUGUUGCACGACAAAAAAUGAGGAAGAAAGAAUCAGUUGAGUCCUGCAGGUCUGACACAGAAAUAUGCAACGUGGUGGACUGCGUGACUAAUUGCGAGCUGAGAGACAGAGAGUUUAACAGGGGCUACUCAGUUAGAAGGUCUUCCAAAUGCAGGAAGGUGGAUUGUAAAGAUUGUCAACAAUUUGUACCUACUUCAGAACCUAACUUUUUGCUUGGUGUUAAUAAGGAAAUGAAAGGCCGAGCUGCCUCGCUUGAUAGGCUGCAGGCGCUAGCAUCCUAUUCCAUUGUUAACUCUCCACCCUGCGAAAUGCAGAGCACAUACUUCCCAAUGAACAUUGAGAACGAAUCCAUCUCUGACCAGGACUCGUUGCCUAUCAAUGCAGCUAUAAAAGAGACUUUUAUUUCGAAUGAUGAGCCGUUUGUGUUGCAAUCAUGUGUACAGAAAAGGAACAUAUUCAAGGAAGAUUUUCAUAAUCUUAUCACAAUAUCUCCCAAUUUAAUGCCACCCAAUAAAAAGCCAGAAGAUGGACAUAGAGAGCCUCAGAACAGGAAAGAAACCUCCAAACAAGGUUUCUUCAACCACAGUUUUGAAAUGCCGUACAGCAGCCAGUACUUGAACCCAGUUUAUUCUCCUAUACCAGACAAAAGACGAGUAAAACAUGAAAGCUUAGAUGAUCUCCAAGCUUCUACAUACUUUGGCCCAACCACUGUACUUGGGUCCCAAGAUACAAAAAGAUGGGCAGGAAAACCAAGUAAACAAACUGCAUGGCCAGCAAAAAGCUGGAGCUUAAACACGGAGGAGGUACCUGAUUUUGAAAGAUCCUUUUUCAGUAGGAAGCAAGCUGAAGAGAAGCAGCGAUAUCAGAGUUCAAACAGCCAGUCACCAAGUUUUCCUGCAGCAGACAGGCACCAAACCUAUCUCAAUCCCAAGGAUCAAACACCGAUUAUGCAGGCUAACUAUGCCAUGAAACAAAAUGGACACAAACCCAAGGAAAUUCCCUCCAUUGUAGACAUGGAGAAACACGAGCCAAUCAAAAAGUUUAGGGAUAAAAGCAUUAACUGCACUUCUGUUCAGCUGCUAAGCAUUGACAAAACCACCAGUGUUGGGACACAAACAGAGCAGCAAGGGUUGGAACACAAAAAAUGCAAGGAGUUGUGUGCUCCAAGUCAAACUAAGUAUGGAGAGAGGCAUUCUCUAAAGCAAUCAGAUGAUGACUCUGAAAUUGUGAGUGAUGAUAUCAGUGACAUUUUUCGAUUUCUGGACGAUAUGAGCAUCUGUGGAUCUACAGGAGUUAUGCAAUCCUCCUGUUACAACAGCACUGGGUCACUGUCUCAGGUACGUAAAUCUGACUGUGAAAGCUCUCCUGAACACAAUUUAACUAAAAUAACCAAUGGGAAUUCUAGUAACAAGCUAGAUAAAGUGGUCCGAUCAGAUAUCAACAAUACAGAUGAUGAACUAAAAACUAGUGUCUGCAAGUUAGUUCUCAGGAUUGGUGAAAUAGAAAAGAAACUAGAAUCUCUGUCAGGUGUCAGAGAAGAAAUCUCCCAAGUCUUGGGAAAACUAAAUAAGUUGGAUGAAAAAAUUCAGCAGCCUGAGAAGGUCAAUGUACAAAUAGAUCUUAAUUCCCUGACGAGUGAGGUUCAGUCAGAUGAGAGCACCUCUCCACGGGUAUUUCAGUGUCAUAAUGCUUCUCACGGAAGCAAGUUGGAGAAUAACCCGGACUGGUGCUGUUCUGAUGCCAGCGGAAGUAACAGCGAAAGUCUUCGGGUAAAAGCCUUAAAAAAAAGUUUAUUUACCAGAAGGUCCUCACGGUCACUGACUGAGGAGAACAGCGCCACUGAAUCCAAAAUAGCAAGUAUUUCCAACUCUCCGCGAGACUGGAGAGCUAUCACAUAUACCAACCAGGUUGGCAUGACAGAAGAGGAGAUGAAAGACAGAGGUGGAGUUGAAAAUAAGGACUGGCACAGGAAAUCCAAAGAGGCAGACAGGCAGUAUGAAAUCCCGCAGCCACAUAGACUCUCUAAACAACCAAAAGAUGCUUUCUUGAUUGAACAAGUCUUUAGUCCUCAUCCCUACCCUGCAUCACUCAAGUCACAUAUGAAAAGCAACCCACUCUACACGGACAUGAGGUUGACGGAACUGGCUGAAGUUAAACGUGCCCAGCCAUCAUGGACCAUAGAAGAAUAUACCAGGAACUCAGGAGAUAAAGGCAAGCUUGCAGCUUUGGAUCUACAAACUCAAGAAUCUUUAAAUCCAAACAACUUAGAAUAUUGGAUGGAAGACAUUUAUACUCCAGGCUAUGAUUCCUUAUUAAAACGCAAAGAAGCUGAGUUCAGAAGAGCAAAAGUCUGCAAGAUAGCUGCCCUGAUUGCGGCUGCAGCUUGUACAGUUAUCCUGGUCAUUGUAGUUCCCAUUUGUACUAUGAAAUCAUGA